AUGGCGAUCACCAGUGAGUACGAGCCAAUCCGGGCCAAGCCUGAAGACGCCAAAGAAAUUGAAGAAUUCCUAGUAGCCGAUUUUCUCAUCACAGAGCCCCUGAAUGCAGCUGUCCGGCUGAGCCGACCUGAUUGCCAUCAAAUUCUAGAAGCGAGCCGCGGCGCAUGGCUGCCAGGCUCUGCAAAGCAGCCGGCAGCUGUCACGCUCCCUUUAAUCGAGCCAGCUCGUCUUUUGAAGAUUCGAGACCUCGCCAAAGAUUCGGCCAACUCUGGCCAUACUGCAUUGUUAAGAAACGAGCAAGGGGAAAUGAUUGGAGUUGCGAUGUGUACGGUGUCAACCGUCCAAAAAAUUGAGGACGCCCCGAUGCCAUGCAGCUCGCAAAUUCCCGGCAAGAUGGAUUAUAUUGCGAAUUUUUUGUGGCAGUUGGAUAGAGGGCUCAAGCCCGCCUGCCCUGAGCACUACGAAAAAGUGAUGAAGUUUGAGAUUUUGAGCAUUCAUGCAAAAUACACAAGGCAAGGACUUGGAGCUAAAUUGAUAAAAUGGGUAGUGGCAGAGGCGAAGGAGAUGAACGUUCCGAUUGUGGUUGAAGUGACGGCGCUUGCUACGCAAAAGCUCUUCCCCAAAUUCGGCUUUGAAAUUGUCUUCGAAAUCCUCCAUUCACGCUACGUCGAAAUGUCGACGCCUAACAAUUUUGCAAUUAUCCGGGCCGAGCCGAAAGACACCGAGGAGAUCCGACAAUUCCUAAUCAACUCCUUCGUUACAACGGAGCCAAUUAGCAAAUCGAUCGGUCUCCAGGCUACCGAUUCCGCUGAUUUUAUGAAAGAAACUGCUAAAGUAUCAGCCGAAUCGGGUCGUUCCGCCUUGCUACGGAAUGACGCUGGCGAGAUUAUUGGCGUUGCGCUUCUGUCGGUUCAACCGGUGGAGAAGAUCUACGACGCUCCAAAGCCACCAGACCCUAAAACUGGCGGAAAAAUGCUACUCAUCGCGAAUUUUCUCUGGGCCCUGGAUCAGGGUUUGAAAAACCACCUGUCGCCUGAUACAAAAGAAGUGGUCAAGUUCGAGAUUAUAAACCUCAAUCCAAACUACACCCGACGUGGACUCGCUCAAAAAUUAAUGGAUUGGUCAAUGGAAGAGGUGAAAAAGCUCAAUCUGCCUAUUUAUACACAAGUGACCGCUAUCGCCUCACAACGGCUUUUCGCUAAGUACGGCUUCCAAGUGAACCACGAGAUUUUGCACAAGGAUUGGUUGGAUGAGGAUGGUAACCAGAUUUUCCGAUGUGAUGACGGCACGGAUCGAGGGCAACUGAUUUCUAGGAUGCCA